UUCUCACGCGCGAAAGCGACAGGCUCUUUGCUUUCUCAGCCAUGGCACGAGAGUUCGCACUGAUCCUCAACGAUACAUACAUAGCCGGGCUAUGGAAGUGAAAUUUUGUAUCGCAGCUCAACUGGGCAGUACCAUGUUUCGACCGGAAGAAGAGCCCCCAGGUGUCUAUACCGCUCCUUCAUGGUCCUGGGCUGCUGUUGGAACGCUUGCACAGUUCGCAUAUCGAUUCGAGAUGCGGAAAACAGGCCUCCCAGAGACGAUGGAUCUAAUUGAAAUAAUUGACGCUUCUGUCAUCCCCAAGUUUGAUGGGUAGGGUGCAGUGCGAGACGGAUGCUUGGCUAUGCGCGAAAUUCAGAGAGAACUGGAAAGGAUAGAAGCCACAGACGUUGCGAGCGGACCAAACUAUUUUCAGAUCCG